GUCCGCUAGAUUAUUAUAAUAUAUAUGUCUAUAUAUAUAUAUAUAUAUAUAAACAUAUUUUUUAAAUAAUAUAUAGAUACGUGUAUGUAUAAUAGAUACAAACAAUUUUACACAUUGAUCGUUUUUUUUUAUCGUAGUUCAAAAAAAAAAAAACACAUUUUAAUAUAUAUUUAUUAAUAAUAUACAUCCCGUAAGUCAUCGUCUCUCGCCUCGUUACUAUAAAACAAAAAACACGUUUAAAUAAUAAUAAUCCAACCGUUUUUAAUUAGUAUAUUUUAUUAUAGAAUUUUUGCAUCGAACGAGAGCCAUUAGACAAUAUUAUAGUAUACAUAUAUAUAUAUAUUUAUUUGUAUUUUUGUUUACCUCCUCUUUUGCCGGACUCGACCAGCACAACAUCCGUCGGCGGAAGCGACGACCACACGGCCCGUCGUUCACUGGUGGCCGACUCGCAGGUACCGCGUGACGCGUUUUUAUCGAAAGUUUUUACCCAUUAGACUCGGCUGGUUGAUAAUAAGUAUUACGAUAAAAAUAUUACGAUAACUCAAUAAUAUUAUUAUUAUUAUUAUUAUUAUUAUUGGUACAUUUAUUUUUUUUAAUACGCGCUUUUCCGCCUUAUCUCCGCCGACCGGACGCGUUAUCUGCAACACACGGGCGGACGAUACAACAUGCCGGCCAACAACAACAACGCCACUUACUUGAGAGCUUUUGGUCUGUCGGAAUCGCCUGAACAACAACAUCAUGUAGUGGUCAGUGGCGAAGGGAACAGCGACACAGUGGCCGGCGUCGGCGGUGGUGAAUACGACACUUCGGCCGAAGAAGACAGGGCGGCAGCGGACACCAUCGACGAGCUGAACAACCGGCGUGACGUUAUCGCCGAUUCGGUGGAACCCAACGAACCGCCGCCCGCUGUAGCGAUACCGCUUCGUCACGGCGGCGUGGUCGUCGUUAACGACGUUGUGGCGGUGGCCGCGGUGGACGAAGAAAAUGGCGGCGGCGGCGGUAGCGCGGGCACGCCCAGCAUCGGCUACGGGUCGCCGGCGGUAGAUGGUGCGCCGGUCGGUAGGACGUCGUUCGGCGCGGAGGAGGAGGAGCCCGGUGCGGCUGCCGGCGAUCGGUUACGGCAACAACAACCGGUUCACGGGACGACAGACGAACGGCCGACCGGCAACGUGUAUGUACGUCGCGAUGAUAUGAGCUAUCAUCAUCAACAACAGCAGCAACAACACAACAACGGUCAGCAACAGCAGCAUCAAGUGGUCGUACUUAAUCAGCAUCCCGGCAACAACAACCAAUACGACAUGUUGGUCGCCCAGACGUAUCAACAGUCCAAGUACAACAACCCCGCCACCAGUCGGGACCUAUUGGCCAUGUUCCCGCAAGUGGUGGCCGCCGCUACUGGUCAUCAUCAGCAACAGCGGGACGAAGACGAAGAAUUCUACGAACAGUAUCAGCAGCAGCAACAACAAGCUUAUAAUCAGGCGCAGACCAAGUUCGAACACAUCGUGCUCAAACAAGAGCCUCACGACCGGAUCACCCAGCACGUGUACGCGGCCGCCGAUUAUUUCCAGGACCAACAGCUGUCGGUUCAGCUACAACAACAGGAUCAACAACAGCACUGCUCCAGCCCGGGAAGCUCGGCCGAAGGGUACGACGAGGAAGUGGUGUCGGCCGCCGCGGUCAAAGGCGAUCUGCUCGACCUGCAUUUGCCGGCGUCGACCAGGGACGACGUGACUGCCGGACAGUCUAGCGCGUUCGCACACCUGGUCGCCGUGUUGCACAGCGAUUCGGACAGCGCGUCACCCCUACAAGGCCAUCUACAGGACGAUCAACAACAGGGAUCGCCGACAAUCGUUUGCCAGCCACACGUGGCCGACCACUCGUACACGCCGUCAUCGUCGUCGACGGAACAACAACAGUUGCAGCAACACAUUUCGCACAAUCACUCCGGCGGUUAUCACCAUGGAUCAUCCUCGAACGUCAUUCACCAAAGCAACGGUUCUAAUAUCACUAGUUCUUCCAUGUACCAGAGGAGCAACGGUGGCGGUGGCUUGUAUCCAGCUUCCCUGCAACAGUACUUCGCGACGUCUCCCGACCUCGUCAGUCAGCAACAACAACAACAGCAACACGCCAACAACAUAAUCACAUCCGUAGCCGGCAAUCACAUGUGGUCCACCGUGGUGUCCGAAGACGGUAGUUAUUCUCCGUCGUCCAAACAUCAACAACAACACCAACAGCAAUGCAACCACAACGGCGGCGGUGGACUGCCGGCUUUCAGCCAGCGUUUCGGCACCCACACGUCGUCCGCCUCGUACACGGCCUCCGGCGUGUCGUCCAGGCCUUCUUCGUCCACGUCGUCGUACCACCCGAUCGUCCCGUCCGGCGGGUACCACUUGGCCCCGUCCAACAACGUCAGCGGGUCCUCCGUCGCGGACACCGCUUCGCUGCAGUGGGCCGCCUCGCACGGCUACCCCAACACGGACGGCACCAUCAAUUACGUCACCAUGUCCACCACCAACAACAACAACCAGACGGCCGGUGUCCGUAGCCGGUCCACCGCCACGUUUUCGGCGGCCGCUUCUCUUUCAGCACUGGAAGACAUGGACAUGUUUUGCGAGGGGCGGGAGUGCGUGAACUGUGGAGCUAUAUCCACUCCACUGUGGAGGCGCGACGGUACCGGCCAUUACUUGUGCAACGCUUGCGGUCUGUACCACAAGAUGAACGGCAUGAACAGGCCCUUAGUGAAACAACCCCGACGGCUGCAGAACGCAUCUAGACGCCAAGGAUUGCAAUGCACCAAUUGCCAAACGGCCACCACGUCGUUGUGGCGGCGAAACCAGGUUGGCGAGCCGGUUUGCAACGCAUGCGGUUUGUACUUCAAGUUGCACGGUGUCAAAAGGCCUUUGACCAUGAAAAAGGACUCUAUUCAGACGAGAAAACGCAAGCCAAAGGGCGGAGCUAAAGUGGAUCCCGAGCCCAAGAGGAUCAAAUUGGAAAUACCUUCCGAACACAAUUACAGCGAUUGUCAUAGGACGUCGGGUAGCAUCUUGAACCACGGCAGUGCUAGCACGGCUUUGGCAUACUCUAGCUUGUACCAGAACGCGAAUAUCACACCGUACUACGACGUUAUGAAAACCGAGUCGGUCCAAGAGCCCACCAACAGCCCUCACAUAGUUAGUCUGGCAUCCGCCAACAACAACAACAACAAUAAUAACAACAACAAUAACAACAACAACAACAACAACAAUACCAGCAACAAAGACAGACCGAGCGUGUUGUCCAUGUCUGUAAUUUCCUAGACCUUUUUUAAUAUUUAUGAUGAUCCUCCUUGACUAUUCUUUGAAUGUUAUUUAAACUUUGUUGGUUUUAAUUUUAUUAUUAUUUUUAUUUCAUCUCUUUUUAUUAUCUUUUACGAACAAACAAACAAUUAUUACGUUAUUUUAUUAAUUAUUAUUAUUAUUAUUAUUAUUAUUAUUUUUAUUAUUAUUAUUAUCACUUUAUAUUUACAUUACUGUUAAAAAUGUAGGAAAUUUUUGAGAAUCAUGGUUUAUACUUUACGUAAAUAAAUAUCUAUAUUAUA